AUGAGGAGCUUCACAAAGAACAAGUUCCUUCUAUGUUUUCGCCCUGUUGUUGACAUAGAUUGCAUGCUCAAGUCCGAAGUUGCUCCUCAUCGUUCUUCUACCACUCGUUUCUCACGCGUCCCCACUUCAGAGAAGCAACAAAUGGUGAAGAAUUCAGAACCCAAAUCUGUAUAUUUCCACCACGUAUCACCUAAACGAACGAUUUCUCGGGUGAUCAAAGCUGUGUUCUAUGAAACCAUACUGAAUAGAAGAGAUCACCAUAAAAACCGUUACAUCCAUGAUUCCUUUGGGUACAAACAUAAGUAUUUGAAGUAUGGGGAAGCCAAAACCCUUCAAUCGCCUUUGUCAAUUUCAUCUUCGGCUUCACCUUGUUCCAGCUCACACGCGUUAUCACCAUCAAAAAACGUGUCAAAUCACUGCUCCACCAAGGAAAAAAGGAAAGGUCUUGGAGACCCACUAGAGAAGCAAAAAAAGUUCGAGUGCUAUGGAAUAUACGUGGUUCUCUUAAGCUUAGCGUUUACGGUAUUUUGGGGAAAGCUUUUUGGCAUUCUUUUGACUUCAACAUUGCUCUACUUUUUCGCCGUUUGGGACUCAAGCUCACGGUGCCAAAAAAGCUUUCUUAGGCACAACACAAAAGACAGUGACAUGAGUGCUUCUUGCAGUGGCUAUGUUUGGGAAGGAUUGUAG